AUGGGAGCUGAACACUCGAAGGACAAGCAUCAGAGAAGAAUGUUUUUGCUGAGGAAAGGUCAGAGACUUCCUGCAUGGGAAGAAGCUCUUAUCUCAGGAAAAGAUCCAAAGUCACUGCUGAAGCGUGGAUUGCGUUAUGUCAGUGUGAGCCUCAUCAUGAAGGGGAUGACAAAUGUGCCUGAUUUUUUGUGGGGCUUGUCAGAGGUGCAGAAAUUGAACCUUUCACACAACCAGCUGGUGGUUCUUUCUCCGGCUUUGGGGAAACUAGACAGAUUAGCAGUGCUGAACUUGUGUGGCAAUCGCCUCAAGUGUCUGCCUAACGAGACCGGGCUACUCAGAAACCUGAAGGUUUUAUUUGUCGAUAUGAAUUGCCUGAGUGAAGUGCCAGCAGAGCUCAGUCUGUGCACAAAGCUGGAAGUUUUGAGCCUUUCGCACAAUUGCAUCUCACAACUCCCUUCAAGCUUCACUGAUUUGACAAACCUAAGGAAGCUGAAUCUGAGUAACAAUCGUUUUGUUCACAUCCCCUUAUGUGUUUUUGCAUUGAGGGGUUUAGAUUUCUUGCACUUAGGCUCCAACAGACUUGAAAACAUUGCAGAAAGUGUCCAGUACCUGGUAAAUUUGCAGAUCUUUAUUGUAGAAGAUAACAAUAUUCGCACCUUGCCACGGUCUCUCUGCUCCAUCACUGCACUUGAGUUACUAAAUGUAGCUUACAAUUCUAUUCAGACCCUUCCACAUGAUCUCUAUCUGCUGCACAGAUUGCCAAAAAUUGCUUGGAAUCCAAUGGAUAAAGGGCUCCAUAUUUCACAUAACCCAUUGUUCAGACCACUGCCAGAGAUUGUAGAGGGAGGACUGGAUGUGCUCUUCAACUACCUUAAAGAGAAAAAGCAACACAACUAA